GAAACAACAAAGACGAACGUAAUUUUAAAAGCAUAAUAUAGGGAGCAUGGCUGCGAUUUGUGGAGGAGGUGGUGGAGGAGCCGGCGGCAGCGGAUGGCCCGUCGAGUAUGACGCUGACGCGUCCCCGUACAGUAGAAACAACGACUACUCAGCUUCUCCGUUAACUUGGCAUUACCCAAAUUCGGAAAGAAGCAACUACGUUGAUUAUGCGACAGUUUCGAGGCCAUGUUCGAAAAUGAUUUCUUUUUUUGAUUUGGUUCCUUAUCAAUGUUAUCAAAACGGCGAGGAAGAGCAGGAAAACGAGGAGGAGGAGGAGGAUUUGAGUUUGAGAAUGGAGAAGGUCAACCUUGUUGAACAAGAACAAGAAGAAGAAUGCCAUGAUGAAAUAAAAUUCUAUCACGGCGGCGCCGACAACGAGGACGUGGGUUGCAGUGUGUUUGACUUUGAUGACAGCGACAGUGAUAUUGAUGAAGACAGUGACGUGGAAGAGGAGGAGGAGGAACUGUGCUCGAAGAUGAAGAGAGUUUCACUGAAGCCCACAACGCAUAGAUAUGAUCAAAUUGUUAUGAUUGUGGAUGCUUCAUGCCAGCAAUUUAGGAUACUUCUCCAGCCUUUUUGUCAAGCAGGAGAAACCUUUGAUCGAUCCAUCAAAUAUCAUAACUAUCAAAAACCAGAAUAUGCUGAUUGUAACGCUCUCAGCCCUGCAUAA